AUGUACAAGAAGAAUGCCAACUUUGUUGAGUGCGAAGAAGAGGUACUUGAAUAUUGGAAAAGUAGAAGGUGCUUUGAAAGGGCAUGUGAGAUGAGUAAGGGCAGGAAGAAGUUCACCUUCUACGAUGGUCCUCCGUUUGCAACAGGACUGCCACACUACGGCCACAUCCUUAGCGGGACAAUCAAGGAUACUGUUACAAGAUUCUUCUACCAACAGGGGUAUGAUGUGGACAGGAGGUUUGGAUGGGAUUGCCACGGUCUUCCUGUUGAGUAUGAGAUUGACAAGAAGUUGGGUAUAAGUAGUAGAGAUGAGGUUUUGAAGAUGGGAAUCGACAAGUACAACAAGGAGUGCAGAGGAAUUGUGAUGAAGUAUAGCAGUGAAUGGGAGAAGGUUGUGGAGAGGCUGGGACGAUGGAUAAGUUUUGAGAAUGGGUAUAAGACUAUGGACAAGACGUUUAUGGAAAGUGUGUGGAACAUCUUCAAGGAGCUUUUUAACAGGGGGCUAGUGUACAGAGGGUUCCGAGUGAUGCCUUUUUCUACGGCAUGCUCGACGCCUCUGAGUAACUUCGAGUCCAACCAAAACUACAAGGACGUCAGCGACCCAUCUGUUCUUAUUGCCUUUCCUCUUCUCAAGCCUUUUGAGGGUUACAAGCUAUCUCUGGUUGCAUGGACAACCACUCCCUGGACACUGCCGUCGAACUGUGCACUUGUGGUGAACCCCGAGUUUUCGUACGGAAUCUUCGAAGAGAAGCAGAAGUUCUACCUGAUGCAUGUUAAUAGAGUUGAAGAAUAUUUCAAGGAUGCCAAGAUUCUGAAGAGGAUUUCAGGAAGCGAGCUUGAAGGUCUUGAGUAUGAACAACCGUUUCCUUAUUUUGAGGAGUAUAGGAAGAAGGGGUUUUUCCGAGUCUAUGGAUCUGGAUUUGUCACGGAUACAGAUGGAACAGGGAUUGUUCACUCUGCACCUGGAUUUGGGGAGAGCGACUACAACGUGUUUGUCGAGAAAGGACUAAUACGUGAGAACGACCUUGUUCCCUGUCCUGUUGAUGAGAACGGGAGAUACACAAGUGAGGUAAAGGACUAUGCAGGGAAGUAUGUCAAAGACUGCGAUAAGGCCAUUCUUUUGGACAUCAAGGACAAGGUCCUCUUGAACCAAAGGAUAGUGCACAAGUAUCCGUUCUGCUGGAGAUCUGACACACCUCUUUUAUACAAGCUUGUUCCAAACUGGUUUGUCAGGGUUAAGGACCACGUGGAUUCUCUUUUGAGAAACAACGAGGAAAUAAAUUGGGUACCUCCGGACAUAAAAUACAAGAGAUUCCACAACUGGCUGGAGAAUGCAAGAGACUGGUCGGUCUCAAGAAACAGGUUUUGGGGAACACCUAUUCCCUUGUGGACCACUCUCGACUACAAGGAUGUAAUAUGUGUGGGGUCUGUGGAAGAGCUUGAAAGACUGAGUGGAAGGAAGAUUGAUGACAUCCACAGGGAGUUUAUUGAUGACAUUGUCAUACACAAGGAUGGGAAGGAGUACAGAAGAGUUGAGGAGGUUCUUGACUGCUGGUUUGAAAGCGGAAGCAUGCCUUAUGCACAAGACCACUGGCCAUUCAAGGAGAGGCUAGAAGCAGGCCUUAAGAACCUCUCUGUGGAAGAAGGAAAGGAAGGAAAACUUGUGAAGGAGAACUUUCCGGCCGACUUUAUUGGAGAAGGAGUCGACCAAACAAGAGGAUGGUUCUAUACUCUUCAUGUGGUGUCUUCGCUUCUAUUUGGGCAACCGGCAUUCCUCAAUGUGAUUGUCAACGGAAUAGUGCUUGCAGAGGAUGGGCGAAAGAUGAGCAAAAGGCUGAAGAACUACCCAGAUCCUUCUGUUAUAUUCAACACCUAUGGUGCAGACUCUCUCAGAAUGUAUCUGAUAUCAAGUCCUGUUGUUGAGGCGGAAAAUCUAAAGUUCAAUGAGAACGGGGUCAAGGAGGUUUUGAAGACAUUGAUUAUUCCAUGGUACAAUUCUUUAGGAUUCUACCUUGAAAACAGGCAUUUGGAGCCCCGGGGAGAACGUCUACUUAUGGACGACUGGAUAAGAACAACAUUUGACAAUUUCACUGUGUCUUUGACCGACAAAAUGAAGAGAUAUGAGCUUUCUUCGGUGCUUUCUUUGGCACUAAGAUUUGUCGAUGACCUAUCCAACUGGUACAUCAGGAUGCACAGAAAAGAAAUAAGGGCAGGCCAUCAUACUGUUCUUGGAGAUACACUCCGGAAGUUCUCCAUAGUGAUGGCCCCAUUUACUCCUUUUUUCAGUGAGUACUCCUAUCAAUCGAUUAAUCCUGGAGAGAGUGUCCAUUUCCAGCAGUAUCCGGUAUGCAAAAGUGGAAUCCAUCCCUUUGAGACGGCCAAGAGCAUUAUAACUGCAGUGAGACGUCUUAGGGAAAUGAACUCGAUAUCUCUGAAGACUCCGCUCAAAAGCGCCACGUUGAUAAGUAGUACCGAAUUAUAUCAGAAAAUCAGGGAUUAUAUGGAUUUAAUCAAGUCGGAGUGCAAUGUCCUGGAGCUGCUCCAUAAGGAAGAAGGAAAGUCUAUGUUCGACAUUACGGUGAAGCCCAACUUCCAGAAUCUGAAAAAGAACAAAGAUACCAUGAAGAGAAAAAUGGAGCUUAUCCGAAAGUUAACAAGUGAUGAGGCAUAUGUCCUUUUAAGCUCGUCUCUGAAUAUGGAAGGCCUUGAGAUCCUUCAAGACGACGUAUUGAUUGUGAAGAAAAUCAAACAUGCAGAGGGUAUCUCCCAGGAGUUUGGAGACUUCAGUAUAGCCAUUGAUAACACUCUGAACGAGGACAUAGUUGAAAUGAAGGUUGCAAGGGAAUUCCACAGCUAUGUUCAAAAGCUAAGAAAGAGCAUGGGCCUAAGCAUCAGUGACGAUGUGGUGGUGGAUGUUGAGUGCUCUGAUCUAAAGAGUAUUGUGGGAAAGCACUUCGAUAUCUCCUUUGGAAAUCUGGGAGUCCUGUGCGGAAAGGGAGAAUAUGAGUUUGAUGGCACUUUGUACUCUGUCUCCCUCUACAAAAAGGCCUAA